AUGUUAGGUCCAUUAAAUAACAUUGUACAGCAAUUCCGUUUUAAUACUGUAAAUUUUUUUAUGAGAAGAUCAGAAAAAGAAUUAUGGAAAACUAUUACAUCGGUAUCAAAAUCUGGUCAGAAAAAAGGUCGCCGUAAUACCAGACAGAUACCAUUUCGUCUAGAAAAAUUCUAUAGAGUUGGUAAUUCUCCAAUGGGUUUAAGAUAUGGUGGAUUAAAUACUUUUAUUCAAAGAAAUGAUAAUGUAAUAGAACCUUUACAAGUUUUACAGUUAAAUGAUGAUGAAGCUGAAAAAAGAAUUAAUAAAAUAAAAUUAGUAUUAGGUGAAAAAGGAGCAUCAAAGAGGACGAGAUUUAAUGAAAAAUUACAUCCAUUAGAAAGAGGUUUCAGUGGAAAAAAGAUUGUUGGACAAAAACUUGGUUCACCACCACCAUUAGAUGAAGUCAAUUUUGAUGAGUUCCAGACAUAUUGUUUAGAAGUAAAAAGAACUUCAAACAUGGUAGGUGGUCUCGGACGUCUUAUUUCUAUGAAAGCUUUGGUAUUUGUUGGAAAUGGAAAAGGAUUAGGUGGGUAUGCGGUUGGAAAAGCUCCCAUUAGUAGAACAUUUCAAUCCAUUGUUAAUGGCAUGAAAAUGGCUUCACGUAGAUUAUUUUAUGUUGAAUUACUUGAAAACAGAACAAUAUAUCAAGAUUUUUAUGCUGAAUGCAGGAAUACAAAAGUAUUUGCACAAAGAAGGCCUCCUGGAUUUGGUUUAACAUGUCAUCCAAGACUACAAAAGAUAUGUGAAGCUAUUGGUAUUAAAGACAUUUAUGUUAAAGUUGAAGGAUCAACAAAAAAUUAUAUUGCAUUGACACAUGCUUUCAUUACUGGUCUCUUGAAUCAAGAAACACAUCAACAAUUGGCAGAAAGAAAAGGUUUACAUGUUGUUGAAUUUAAACCUACAAGACAAUUUUAUCCUGAAAUUGUUGCAAGCCCACUUGAAUCAAAAUUAAAAACGGAGGAUGAAAUUCAACCCUCUGAUCGUUUAGAGUUAGAGGAUUUUUAUGGAGAAGGAAGAUAUCCAUUAAAGAAACCAAAAAAAAAACCAUUUUAUAUUAACACACCUGGACAUAUUGCAGCAGAAUGGAGAAAACAUCCUUUCAGAAAUCAAGAAAAUGCAAUGAUUAGAUUAUUAGCCGAUGGAGUUGUUACAAGAUGGACAAGAGAUCAAAGAAAAGAGACUUCUAAAAAACAAGAUUCUUUAGCAAAGGAAGGUGUAAUUCCAAUUCCCCGUGGUAUUGGAUUAUCUGAUAUUUUUGAAAAAAAAGAAACAUAG